AUGCAGGCACUUGCAAAGCAGAAUGCUUUGUGCCAGCGGAUCAAAGACACCCAUCGAUUUCUUCUGUUGAAGUGCCAUACCGAACCAGCCAUCAAUGCAGAGCACAUUGGAAUGAACAGAGAGAUCCUUCGGCCGCUUGCCAAGGCCUUUGGCAAGUGCAAGGAGCUGGCCACAAAGCCGAUUCUGAAGUUAGUGCUUCAUGAACUGAAAGCCUACCUGCUUGCAAAGCUGAAGCAGAAGCUGAAGGAUCGUGUGCGAACUUCAAUGUCUUCGACAUUCGAAGUUUCUGACGAGGAAGCCCCUGCAGCAUGCCCCUUGGUUCCCGUCCAGCCUGCAGUGGAAGUUGCCUGGAAGGCCUCAGGGACUCAUGAGCAUCAGGAGGAGGAGGGCAUCGUGCUUACCCGCUCGAUGCAGCUUGCUCUAGCUGAAUCGAGGAAGAGGAAGCGGAACAAAAAAUCUGAGCCUGAGUGUGAUGAUGAUGAUGAUGAGGGCUGGAAACCUCGAAAGCUUCGACGGGGCUGCUUGAGUAAGCAGUCGUUGGCUCUGGCUCGUAGGAAAAACAAGAAGGCUAAGGCUAAAGCCGGAGCGAAAAAGAAGCCCACGAAGCAAACAAAGGCUGCAGCGGCCAAGUGCAAGGCUUCGGCGAAGCCCAAAGUUAACCCGAAAGCCCGUGCCAAGGGCAAAGCCAAGGCCAAGGCUCAGCCAGGAAAGUCGCGGAUCCCUGGCAAUGCCACGAUUAAAAGGUUUCAUGGGCUGAAAUUCAAGCAGGCCAAGUGCAAGGAUGACAAGAGCUUUGGCGAGGUUCCAAAGGACCAACGGGAUAUCCUCAAAAAGGAGAUUCACGUAUCCAAGAUGUUGCUUGGUCUUCAUAGUUAUUCAUUCUAUGUAGCCACGGCAAAAGCCUAG